AUGAGUGACAACGAUAAUAAGAAAAUCUCCUUGGAUAUCAAAGAUGUGAGUGUGGUCGCUGAGGAGACAGUCUCUCACACAGACAGUCAAGGGCAGGAGAUAGAAGAUGGAUAUAUUUUUUAUCGCCCUAAGGAUAUCGAAGAGCUGGCUGAACCAGUUCAGUUUGACGAUAGCUGGUCUCUUAAGUUCAAGUCCCUCUUCAAAAAAAAAUCAAACAACGAUGACAAAAUUGCUACUAGAAGAUCGUACUUUGAAGACCCUGACUGGGAAGUUGUCAAACAGUACUAUCCUAAGGAGCAUUAUGAAAACUAUAAAUCUUUUGAUCCCUACCUCAGAUGGAGUUUCAAGGAGGAUAGAGCACUCACUAAAAAGAUUGAUUUCAGAAUUUUCACUAUGCUUGGUGCCUUGUUUUUUGCGUUGAACCUUGACAGAGGAAAUUUAAGUUCGGCAGUUGCAGGCGGACUGUUGGAGGACAUUGGUCUUUCAACAGACGACUACAAUAACGGAAAUACGUUGAGAUCGGUGGGGUUCAUCAUCUCCGAGAUUCCUUCGCAAAUGAUUGGCAAAAGGUUUGGACCUGAUUGGUGGAUUCCUAUUCAAGUGGUCAUAUGGAGUCUUAUCGCCUUAUUCCAGUUUUUCAUGAAUGGAACUAAGUCGUACUUGGCUUUGCGUUUUUUGCUUGGUGUUGCUCAAGGAGGGUUCAUUGCUGAUUCUGUUCAGUAUAUGUCCUAUUUCUACACAAGACAGGAAAUGGGUUUCCGUUUGUCGCUUUUCUGGGUUGUUGACUACUUCUCGGGUAUCAUCAGCAAUCUUCUCGCCAUUGCCUUUUUGAAAGUAGGUUUACAUGGCAAAGAAGGAUGGAGAUGGUUGUUUUUGUUUGACGGCUUGAUCACACUGGCGAUUGGAAUAGCCGCCUUUUUUUUCAUGGUCCCUGGCCCCACACAAACAAAGACUAAAUUCAAUCCAAACGGAAUUUUCACUGAGCGAGAAGAGAAAAUCAUCACGAACAGGCUUCUUCGUGAUGACCCCUCAAAAUCAGAUAUGCACAACAGGGAAGGUAUCACUGUUAAACAGUUCUUCAAAACUCUCAGCGACUUUGACCUUUGGCCUGUUCUUAUCCUCUCCUUUGUUUUUGAGAUUCCUCAAAAUCCCAUCAAAAGGUAUCUGAACAUCAACUUGAAGAAGCUAAAUUUCUCUAGAAACACCAUCAUCUACCUGAACAUUCCGAUAGAGGCUAUGUGCAGUAUCACCCUCGUUGGUAUUACACUGCUAUCUGAAGCAGUGAAUGAGAGAUCGUUAGUCUGUAUCAUACCACAGUUGUGGAUUCUCAUCGUUGUUGUUGUCGAGUACGUUCAUGCGUCUACGUUGAAGCCCUGGGCACAGUAUGCGAUCAUGUUUUUUGCUAUUGGAAACCCAUCAGCUCAAGCAAUCAUAGUAUCAUGGUGUUCUAGGGUGUCUUAUUCCGUUAGAGCAAGGGCAAUAUCUGCUCCAAUGUCGAACAUCGCUGUCCAGCUUGCUGGUAUUGCUGGGGGUUACAUCUACCGCAGUGAUGAUGCUCCACUUUAUCACAGAGGAAAUCGUGUUAUCAUUGGUCUGUGUGUCAUGAAUAUUGGUUUGUUCCUUUUUGCCAAAGCCUACUACAUUUGGAGAAACAAGACAAAGGAGGAGAAAUGGAGCAAAUUGUCCGAUGAACAGAAGGAAGAAUACAUAUCCACUCACAGACACGAUGGUAACAAGAGAUUGGACUACUUGUUCGAACAUUGA